ACAUCAGUGAGGUUUGAAGAAGGAGAAAAAAGUCUCAGUGUGCAGAGGAGGAACAAGAGGGCCGACAGGUCCUGCCCGGGUUGCUAUUGCUCUUCACGGCUGUAUUUGGCGCUCCGGAGAGUUUGGGAGGCAAACUGUCUGAAGUGAGCGUAAAACUUUUGGCUGCAGCGAACCGCGGAGCGCAGAGAGACGCGUUUCUCACCAGAGGAGGAGGAUGUCAACUUCUGACGAGGCAGACGGGCUCCGGCCGAGAUAUGGCUCCGUCCUGGAUGGCGUGGAGCGGCUCACAGCGGAGGAGAUGGACGAGCGGCGGCAGCAGAACAUGGCCUAUGAGUACCUGUGUCACCUGGAGGAAGCCAAAAGGUGGAUGGAGGCCUGUCUGGAUGAGGAGUUGCCUCCCACCACAGAGCUAGAGGAAGGGCUGAGGAACGGCGUCUAUCUGGCCAAACUGGGCAACUUCUUUGCCCCGAAAACCGUCUCCCUCAAGAAGAUCUACGACCGCGAGCAGACGCGUUACAAGGCGACCGGUCUCCAUUUCAGACACACAGACAAUGUCAUCCAGUGGCUCAACGCCAUGGCAGAGAAGGGGCUGCCAAAGAUCUUCUACCCUGAAACUACAGACAUCUAUGACAGAAAGAACAUGCCACGCUGCAUCUACUGUAUACAUGCACUCAGCCUGUACCUGUUCAAGCUCGGACUGGCCCCUCAGAUCCAGGAUCUGUAUGGAAAAGUGGAUUUCACUGAGGAGGAGAUUAACAACAUGAAGAGUGAGCUUGAGAAGUAUGGAAUCCAGAUGCCCGCCUUUAGCAAGAUUGGAGGGAUCCUGGCCAAUGAGCUCUCAGUGGAUGAAGCUGCAUUACAUGCUGCUGUCAUCGCCAUCAACGAGGCCAUCGACCACGGUGUACCGGAGGGCACAGUGGCUGCCAUGCAGAACCCCAAUGCCAUGCUGGUCAACCUGGACCCCAGUUCUGCUCGCCAGUACCAUGACACACUGUACCAGGCCAAGGGAGAGAAGGUGGCCAACUCACGCAAACGGCAAAUGGAGAAUGCUGACGCAGAGAGAGAUAUCUAUGAUGAGCUUCUCACGCAGGCUGAAAUCCAGGGCAAUGUCAACAAGGUCAACGUGAGCAACGCCCUGAGUGCAGCUGAGCAGGCGCUGCUGUGUGGCGACGAGGACAAGUUAUAUGAGGCCCUGAAAGCCAUGGGCAUCCAGAACCUGCAGGCCCAGAACAAAGGCUGGUACCUUAAACAGCUGCAGGCUGACCGAGAGAAUAAGGACCAGGCCUCUCCAGGAGAGCCGCUGACCAAAGAUGAGCUGCAGAAUGGAGUGGACGCGGCCAAUGAGUUUGCUGAAGGCUACCUAAAAAUGUUGAAGGCAGUGGAACGCAUCAACGCUGCCAUCAGGGCGGGCGUGCCGGAGACGACGGUGGAGGAGCUAAUGAACCCCGACGCUCAGCUGCCUGAGGUCUACCCCAGUGCUGCAGACCUCUACCAGAGAGAGCUCAGCAGCCUGCAGCAGCAGAGCCCCGAGGGCUCGCUGUCCCACCCUGAGCUGCUGGUUGCCGUGGAGAUGCUGUCAUCAGUGGUGCUGAUGAACGAGGCAAUGGAUGUCGGAGACAGAGCUGCCCUCUGGAAACAAUUGUCCAGCUCUGUCACUGGACUCAGUAAUGUGGAGGAUGAAUAUGCACAGAGGUACAUGGAUGAACUGAUGCGUCUGAAGGCAGCAGCCAGGGACGAGGGCUGUGACUAUCUCACCUGGAACGACAUCCAAGCCUGCAUCGACCAAGUCAACCUGUCCGUGCAGGAGGAACAUGAACGCAUAGCUGCCAUCGGACUGAUCAACGAGGCCCUGGAUGAAGGGGAUCCCAUGAAGACCCUGGCCAUGUUGCAGAACCCCUCGGCCAAGCUCACAGACGUGGACCCAUCUGUGGCUCAGCACUACCAUGACAAACUGCUGGAGGCCCGCAGAGAGAAGGCUCACGAGACCCAGGACCCCUCUGCUGUGCUGUGGCUGGAUGAGAUCCAGGAUGCCAUUCUGAGGGCCAACCAGGACACAAAGGAAGCUUUACACUUCUCACAGUCCAUUCAGGCCAUCAACGAGGCAGUGGACAGUGGCGAUCCAGCUCAGACCCUGGCUGCUCUGCGGAACCCCAGCACAGGACUGUACGGAGUCACCUCUGAGUGUGCCCAGACCUACCAGGAUGACCUUUCCAAGAUCAAAGAUAACAAAAAGGAGAAAGGUGAUAAUGGCAGUGAGUGGGUGAAGCACUGGGUGAAGGGAGGACACAACUACUACUACAAUCUGCAGACCAAGGAGGGCACCUGGGUGGAGCCAGAGGGCUUCGUCCAGAACAACACCCAGCUCAACAAGGAGGACAUCCAGUCGGUGGUUUCCGGGGUGACCACAGCGUACAAUCGGGAGCAGCUGUGGCUGGCCAAUGAGUCUCUAAUUACCAAGCUGCAAGCUCGUUGCCGUGGCUACCUGGUGAGAAAAGCCCUAAAGGAGCGGAUGAACUUCCUGAAAUCUCAAGACCCAGCUGUUACAUGUAUCCAGGCCCACUGGAAGGGACACAAGCAGAGGAAGAAGUUCAAAGAUCGUAAACAGUAUCUGAAAGACCACACUGACGACGCUGUCAAGAUCCAGGCCAUGGUUCGAAUGCACCAAGCUCGUAAGAAAUACAAGGAUCGCCUCAAAUACUUCCAGGAUCAUAUCAAUGACGUGGUUAAGAUUCAGGCUUUCAUCAGAGCCAACAAGGCCAGAGAUGACUACAAGACGCUCAUCAGCGCCGACGAUCCUCCGAUGGCGGUGGUGAGGAAGUUCGUCCACCUGCUGGACCACAGCGACCAGGACUUCCAGGAAGAGUUGGAACUGAUGCGUCUCCGCGAGGAGGUGGUCACCAACAUCCGUUCCAACCAGCAGCUGGAGAACGACCUGAACCUGAUGGACAUCAAGAUCGGCCUGCUGGUGAAGAACAAGAUUACGCUGCAGGAGGUGGUGUCCCACAGCAAGAAACUGACCAAGAAGAACAAGGGCCAGCUGUCCAACAUGAUGAUGAUGAACAAGCAGAAAGGGGGCCUGAAGGCCCUCAGCAAGGAGAAGAGGCUCAAACUGGAGGCCUACCAGUACCUCUUCUACCUGUUACAGACCAACCCCACAUAUCUGGCCAAGCUGAUCUUCCAGAUGCCACAGAACAAAUCCACAAAGUUCAUGGACUCUGUGAUCUUCACCCUUUAUAACUACGCCUCCAACCAGAGAGAGGAGUACCUGCUCACCAAGCUUUUCAAAACAGCCCUGCAGGAGGAGAUCAAGUCAAAAGUGGACCAGAUGAAGGAGAUCGUAACAGGAAACCCGACGGUCAUAAAGAUGGUGGUGAGUUUCCACCGAGGCGCCCGGGGACAGAACGCACUGCGCCAGAUCCUGGCACCAGUCGUCAAAGAGAUAAUGGAUGACAAAACGUUAAACAUCAAGACUGACCCGGUGGAUAUCUACAAGAGCUGGGUUAACCAGAUGGAGACGCAGACCGGAGAGGCCAGUAAGCUGCCUUAUGACGUGACUCCAGAGCAGGCGAUGGCCCACGAGGAGGUGAGGACGAGACUGGAAGCCUCCAUCAAGAACAUGAAGACCAUCACUGAUAAAUUCCUGUCCGCCAUAAUUGUCUCGGUGGAUAAGAUCCCAUACGGGAUGCGCUUCAUCUCCAAGGUGCUGAAGGACACCCUCCAUGAGAAGUUUCCAGAUGCUACAGAGGAUGAGCUGCUCAAGAUUGUGGGGAACCUCUUGUAUUACCGCUACAUGAACCCUGCCAUCGUAGCUCCCGACGCCUUCGACAUCAUUGAGGUGUCGGCAGGUGGCCAGCUCACCACCGAGCAGCGGCGAAACCUGGGCUCUGUCGCCAAGAUGCUGCAGCACGCCGCCUCCAAUAAGAUGUUCCUGGGAGACAACGCCCAUCUCAAUCCCAUCAACGAAUAUCUCAGUACCUCCUAUCAGAAGUUCAGGCGUUUCUUCCUGGCAGCGUGUGACGUUCCCUCACUCGAAGAGAAGUUCAAUGUGGAUCAGUACUCUGACCUUGUCACCGUCACCAAGCCUGUCAUCUACAUUUCCAUUGGAGAGAUCAUCAACACUCACACACUGCUGCUGGACCAUCAGGACGCCAUUGCUCCGGAGCACAAUGACCCCAUCCAUGAGCUGCUGGAGGAUCUGGGCGAGGUUCCCACCAUAGAGUCCCUCAUCGGGGAGAAUCCUCUUCCUCCUGACGACCCCAACAAAGAGCAGAUGGGGAAGACCGAGGUUUCACUCACACUCACUAACAAAUUUGACCUCCCUGGUGAGGCCAACGCUGAGAUGGACGCCCGCACUUUGCUUCUCAACACCAAGAGGCUGAUUGUGGACGUGAUCAGGUUCCAGCCUGGAGAGACUCUCACUGAGAUCCUGGACUCGACAGCAGGCCCAGAACAGGAAGCAGAGUACCAGCGUGCCAUGCAGAGGAGGGCCAUCAGAGAUGCCAAGACUCCAGAGAAGAUGAAGCAGGUCAAGCCAGUGGUGGACGACAGCCUGACGCUGCAGGGCAAGAAGGACAAGAUCAAGAGCAACCUGCAGCGGCUGGCCGAGCUGGGGAAGGUCCACCCCGAGAACCGCUAUCAGGACCUCAUCAACGACAUUGCCAAGGACAUCAGAAACCAGAGACGGUAUCGUCAGCGGAGGAAAGCUGAGCUGGUGAGACUCCAGCAGACCAACUCUGCCCUCAACUCAAAGACCAACUUCUACAACGUUCAGAUUGAUUCUUACAAUCAGUAUAUCAAGACGUGCAUGGACAACCUGGCCACGAAGGGCAAGUUGUCAAAGAAACCAGGCGACAACAAGGCCAAGAAGAGUAAACAGGUUUCGCAGAAAUACACGGCUGCUCGCCUCCAUGAGAAGGGCGUGCUGAUCUCCAUCGAGGAUCUGCAGCCCAACCAGUUCAAGAAUGCAAUAUUUGAGAUUUCUCCAUCCGAGACUGUCGGAGUUUUUGAGGUGAAGGCCAAGUUCAUGGGCGUGCACCUGGAGACGCUACAGUUAGAAUAUCAGGAUCUCCUGCAGCUGCAGUAUGAAGGUGUGGCCGUGAUGAAGCUCUUCGACAGAGCCACCAUCAAUGUCAACCUGCUCAUUUUCCUGCUCAACAAAAAGUUUUAUGGGAAAUAGAAAAUCAGAGGUUUUAAAGGGCUACAGACACUGAUGUAAACCACAAAACCCACUGUGAGGGUUGCAGAAAGCCCUGACCUGCACCAGCCUGGCAUUCCUACUCAUUCUGCACUUCUCUAUGUGCCUAUGCAAAUUUAUCUGCAUUAUUAUUUUUUAUUAUGUGGAUCACCAUAUGUGCUUUAUUCUUAAUGGAACACUCCAUUGUGCAACUCCAGACAGCACUCCACAGAUGCUUGCUGGAGUUUUUCUUUCCUGUCUGUAUCUGCAGCUAGGUCAAAGGUUAACAUGUGUAUGUUUUGCUUUAAAUCUUAUGAAUAUCUUGUGCAUGGGCCUUAAUUAAUUAUAAAAAAAAAAUGUUUUAUGUAAAGAGAUCACAUUUUGUGUCUUUCUUAGCUGUUAGUUUACCUGAUCACCUGACUGAUAAAAGUGUGAUAAACAUCUCCGCCAAUACCAAAGUGCUUGCUUGCUUUUUAGCAAGGCUGUAGUCCAUGAGUCUUUGUCCCCUCUGUGUGAUUUUGUGUUGUUGCUUUAGACGAAUUGGAAAGAAAAACUAAGAGUUGUGAGUGGAAAAACAAGAUGCACUCCUCCCUUUUCAUCAUAUUUUAUUUUGAAAGCAUUAGGGAUGUCCUGCUCAAGUUGUUUUGCCCCCGAUCCGUAUACGAGUCAUGUGAUAUUGAGCAUCUUCUUAUCUGAUUCCCAAUUCAAUACUUGUAUUUACCUGGCUAAUAUAGCAAUAAUAUAGCAAAUGCACAAUACACACUUCAAGUAGUUUAAAGUUUAACAUUUAAUUUAAAAUUAAAAUCAAUCCAUUGAUUAUGCUUGACAAUAAAAUUUGUAAAUAAGUAAAUCUAAAAAUAUUUUUAUAUGGCUCUUAGUGCAGAUUUGUUUUUUCAACAAAAUAACAAAGUAAACAAACUAGAAUGUGUCUCUCAAAUCCUCUUAGUGUGGCAGUGUAAUAAAAGUAAAGAACACUAUAUAAGAGUAAUAUAAUUACAAUUCCACUUCAAAGUGGUGUUAUAGCUGAACUUUAAUAUUUCCAGUCACAGCAAAUAAAAAUUGAUCACAAUGCCACUUAUUACAGCAUCAUAGUAAAACUAGUUCGCUAAAUAUGAACAAAAAUUCACUUAAAGUGGUGUGGCAGCUUCAGUUGAGAAAAAAAAUGGUUAAAAAUUGUGCUCCCUGUUUGACGGCAGACAUAAAACAAGGAUCGGGCAGAGCAAACGCAAUCAUUUAAAAAAUGCAUUGAUAGUAUUGAUCGGUUUUGAUUGGGACAUCCCUAGAAAGCUCUGUAGUUUAGUGUUUCUUUGAAUAUGAUUUGACCUAAAUCUCAACACGACUCAUAAUAUAAAUAUUCUGAAAUGUUCUGAUAUCUAUGCAAAGCUGAAGUGGCAUCAGAGAUGGUAUUUGACAAGAAUUGCAAAAAAUAGCAAACUCAUAUGGAGCUUUUGAAAUCAGAAAUUUAGUUUUUAUGUCUUAUAAAUAUAAAUACUUUUAUAAUCUAAUUUGAUAAAUAAGCACGACAAAUUCAUAUUCCACCACUCAAGUCCAUUCUGUGCCAGCUCUUAUCUGGCUCUAGAGUCUUUCCUGAUGAGUCAGGAUGUCGGUUUAUUUUGGACUGGACUAAACUGAGCGUGACUACAGCCCUGCUGCUCACAGCUGAGCUGCACUGCAUCUCUGCUUUUAGCUCCAUCAGCAAGACGGGACGUGGCACACAAAGCUGUGCAGAUGUGCUCAAUCAUUGGCUUUCUUACACGACUUACAGGAAAUGAUAUGUUUGUGAUCUCUCUCAUGGGCUCUUUAUCUUGUAUAAGUGAAACACAGAUUACUGUUGCAUCACAAAAUCAGUUUAGGAAACAUGACAUCAUGUCUGUAAAACAGGAUGCUAUCUAGAAGUGGUAAAUGGACAUUGAACACAGAGAUUUUCAUGUCUUGUUGAAAAUAAUUUGAAAAAGUUGCCCUUAUUUAUAUUUUUAUAUGUUGUCAGUCCACAUUAUGCUGUAGUUGAUUUUUGCAAAACCUACGACAGAUUAUGUAAGUGAGCUUUAGGAUGUGCAGUAUUUCAGGAAGUAAACAUGCGGGUCCAGUAGAUGUCACUCUACACCAUCCAAUCUGUUUAUUGUGACACAGUUUGAUUGAUUUCAGAAACCCUUGAGUCAAGAUUCCAUUGAACUAGAUGUUGAUUUUCUGUCUUCUGUAAAGUUGCCAUGAGCAGAGGUUGACUCUGUUGUUAAGAGGUGAAGGAGGCCGAGCUCUCUCAUUCACAGUCCAUUCCAUGUAUUUGACCUGUUCUAGAAUAAAGCUCUACAGAUGCAA